GCUGAGAUGAAACGUAUGAGGGCAGCGGCGAGUUGGGACGCGUCUUUGGAGAGAGACAAGGUGGAGGAGAGGAGAGGACUCGGCGUUAACUUCCAUGUUUAUAUCCCACUCAGAAGGGGAUUCAUAGAGUUAUAGCUCGGGUUUUCAGCCACUGUGAGUCGGCGGAGGAGUCUCAGCGGGUUUGUUGACUCCCGGUCUCUUGGUCAUCGGACAGAAGUGCCGUCCAUCCAAUGUGCGUAAAGGGGCUCUAUUUCCUCACCGUCCUGUCUGGACUCGCAGCUUCAGGCGUGCUGCAGGUCAGCGGGAUGCGUAUAUACACAUCUGGGGAUAUGGAGGCGGUCAACGGGACGGAUGUUCGUCUGAAGUGCACAUUUCAUAGUUCUGCCACCAUCAACCCCAACUCCAUCGUCAUCUCCUGGAGCUUCAGACCGCUCAAACCAGGCCGAGAAGAGUCGGUGUUCCACUACCAGCAGCGACCAUAUCCUCCAGUAGACGGCAUUUUCAGGAAGCGUGUCGUUUGGGCAGGUGACGUCAUGGGCCGCGAUGCCUCCAUCAUACUUCAACAGGUCAAAUUCACCUACAACGGCACUUACAUCUGCCAGGUGAAGAAUCCGCCGGAUGUCCACGGCACGGUUGGAGAGAUUCGACUCCGUGUCGUCACUACAGCUUCUUUCUCUGAACUUCUCCUUCUGGCGUUGGCCAUCGGAGGCGGUAUCGCCGCUGUGGUCAUCCUCCUCAUCAUCAUUCUGUCCUGCAGGCGGUGCAAGAAGAGGAGACAGAGAGAGCGGGAAGGGAACGAGGAGGCUCCCCGCAAAGAGAGAAAAGACCCCACUGUGUGCCACCCAGCGAGGGCAAUCCACCUCUACGUAUCAGAGACGUCCUUUGAGAUUGACAGUUCAGACGGCAUGAUCUCAGAGGCCAGCACCAAAGACCCAAGCUCAUCAGAGGACGAGGGUCCGAGCUCAGACGACGACGAUGGUGAUGACUCCGACUGAGGAGGUGGGGACAGACAGGGCGAGGCAGAAACACUGAUGUGAAGCCAGCCAGGGAGCUCGCUGGAGGGAUGCCCAGAUGGCACCCAUGGAUUAUGUUCCACGGUUCUGCAGAGUGCAGACUAGAUGAAGAGAGAGCUGCUCCUGCUGCUGCCGUGUCAAAAACAACCACAUUGUUCAAGAAUGGAAAGAGAAAGGAAAGAAAGUUCUGUUUGAAAGUUUUUGAAUAAGAACAAAGAGAUUAGAGUGAUGAAGAUGAAGGCUUUGGAACAGGAUCAGAAGUAGAGUAACUUUACUCUUGAGAGAGUCCAGAUAUCUUCAUGAGGGAAGGGAAACUGGAUUUGCAGGGCUUUGAAAGUGAAAGGCUAUUUAAUCCUGACGCCGGCUUGGCGACUGUCCUGAGAGCACAAAAAGGCCGAUUUGUGUUCAAUAACUUUGUUGUUUUAGAAGUGGAUCUUGCCGGUGGCAAAAUCAGCUGCAACAUGGAACUGAAAGUAGUCAGAAUGAGGAAUUUGUUUUCUGCCAUGAUGAGCCGUAUUGAGACCUUACAUUUUUUGACUCAAUGGACAAUAAAAUGUGGAAUCUGUAGAUCAUUUUUCAGGCUGCUCUCAUGCACUCUUUGUAUGUUAUACCUCCAAAAAAUUAUGCAUCAGAAUCUGUAAAAACCCCACGUAAUCAUGAGACAGUAAUUUACGUAGAACCUAUGUAAAUCAUUUAGGCUGCAAUCGCGUUACGAAAGCGCUGAUGUGGGUAAAGAAAGAAGUAAGAGUAAAAGUCUGCUUAUGGAGGUAGAUGGGUCAAAGGAAUGCACAACUUUCCCCUGGCGUGCUGGUGUUUGUGUCCUGUAUUAAAGUCAAGUCAGUGAUUCUUUGGACAGCGAUGCAAUAUUUGCCGAAAUUACAAAGUCCACCACGAUACAAAUUCGAUACGAUGCGAUUCAGGGUCUGCGAUCAAUAUGAGACGAUAUUUUCUGGCCGUUUAACACAAUCUGCUACAGAAGAAGCUGCCACCCCUUUCUUUUUUGCUUUUUACCAUAAAACACAUAAAUAAUGUAAGUAAUUGUAACUGCUUAAGUGCAGUAAAAUUCCUUUAUACUGACACCAAGCCUUUUCUGAAAGAAAUAAUUUAAUUUUAAUCCAAACCAUGAUCUUUAUAAUGAAACCUCAGGUCUAUCUGGCUUAAAGCCCUGAAACUUCUCCCAACAGCCAUAAAACAUGGAUCAACAACAACAUUGUUUAACAAAAGUACCAAAUUCAGCUCAGUAAAAACUGUCAAGGUUCAUAGACAUGUCAAUUGUUUUUUGCUAGUCGCCCAUUAUUAGCUCAAGCAUGUUUACAUUGCAUAUGUUAGCGUAGCGGCUAGCAAACUUUCCUCCAUUCAUAACUUCACUAAUUUUGUGUAUUAUUUAUACUUAGUCUUACUCACCGUUGGUUUAAGUCACUCCACCUUCCGACAGAACAGCUCAGUUGAAUUUCAGACUACAUGCACGUUUCUUCAGCCGAACAUUGUCGAAACAGAGCAGCUAAAGUUAUUGUAUCCAGGCAGGUAACGCUACAUCAUGUUUUAUCUCGUAACGGCAUUGUUUACAUCCACCAUGUGCUCUGUCUGUUGACCCCUUUUUUCUCCAAUAUAUGUCCACACUCCAGAGAAAAUAAUAUUACCCUUGUCAUCUUUCUCUCUGCUUCUUGCUGCCUGCUGCUGUUUGAUGGUGACACAGUCUUUCAAAAUGAAAGUAGAUCCUAAAGAUGAUGUUAUGGAUCGACGUUUUCACUUUGCAUCGAUGAAACUGGAUUGUUCCUCAUUGAAUUGAUACAUUGAUCCAGAACGAUGGAUUGUUACACCCCUUACGUUAAGCACACAAUGUGACGACGCCUAACCAUGAUUCUUUUCCAAAACGUAACAAAUGUAAAUACGUAACAUAAUGACGCCUGGCUAUGAUCCUUUUCCUAAACCUAACCUAACCCAUCGGGGGGCCAAUUUCUUGGGUGCUGAUUUGAUAGAUAUAGGAUAUUGUGGUAUGUGAAUUUUUUGUUAGAUAUAUGAAUUGCUGUAGGUGAUUUUUUUAAAGAUAUUAUAUGAACUGUUAUUUGAGGAUACGUUGCAUAUUUUAGUUUUACAAUUCAGUCAUUAGGGAUAAUGUAAGUCUUCCAUUUCAGUCAGUUACACACAACCGUCAUAAUUCCUGCCAGUGUCAGAGCACUUGUUAAAAGCAGUUUUAUCCUCUAUCUGUAGGCAGAAGGACUUCUGUCCCAUCAGGUUACCUGGAUAAAAGAGCAUAAAUGUGAUGUUGCUGUCAUUAAGUCUGAAGGCCAAAAACUCGAUGAGUCAGUCAUGCACGCACCUGUCCUGAGUGUUGUGUGGGAGCGCACAGUCAGAUCUGAAAACCCUCUGAUUGCAAAACGUCCUUGAGAGCCCAUUUCUUCGUGCACCUGUGAACACAUCAAGUCUACUAACAAAUGAUUGUAAUGCCUGUCUUUCUUUCCUCAUGUUACAGACUUUUGUACCUGUGAUGUAAUACUGAGUGACAUGUUUAUAGAUUGUUUUUUUUGUCUAUUUUUUUAGAUAAUGCCAGAAGUAUUUUAUCACAUUGUUUAAAUUGUCACUCUAUGUGUUUGUUAUA